AUGGCGGACAGUCACUACAUACAAAAUUUAUCAAGUAAAAAUUUAAAACAAAAGGAAUAUGAAACAACUCGAUCACCAGAUUGCAUCGAAAUCAACUUAUCAAGUUUACAUGAGAAUAAAAACUCGACAAUAACGAAAAAUGAUGUAUUUAUGAAUAAUUUAAUUUAUUUAUUAAAUUCAAGUGGAAUGAUUCGACGAACACAAUCUUCAUCAGCUGACAGUUUAUUUUGUAAGACGAAUGCGGAUAAAAUGUCAAUUCAACCAGAGUUCAUUUUAUCUGAAACAAAUCAAGAAAAUAUAGAAGUUAUGCAAAACUUCAUGAACCACGACCAUAAUGAUCAAAUUGUAAAUCUACAAAAAAGUUACUCUGCUGCAGAUAUUAUGAAUAGAUUGAAUAAAAUGAUUACUGAAACUCAUCACAAGUCGAGAAGUGAUGAUGAAUUAACGGCCUUACUUAUGCCUCUAUUGAAAAUUCAACCGAAUCAGACGAUAAAUGAGACAGUUUUACCGCAGUAUGGGGAUAUAAAUUGUGGAUUUGAUUGUCGUCCUUAUCAAGGACCGAAAACUCCACCCUCACCGAGAAUAAAGAAAACUAAAUCAGCGUUACUACACGAAAUGAAUUACUCAUCAAGUAGUAAUGUGACUGAGAAAAUCAGACAAUUUAAUGACCAGUCACAAAUAUGCUUUGAUUCUAAUUGCAAUACUUCUUGCCAUACAUUACCAAUUGAUCAAAAUAAGCUAUCAGUUAUAUCAACCAUUCCAAAGUUUUGUGAGCUUCAUACGAAUUCUGCCAAGUGCACCUACAGAAAACAUUUGUCAGACAUAUCUUCCGAUAUAAACCUACAUUCUAUUCAAAGUGACUUAAAACCUACAAAUAAGAAGUAUAUUUCUGGGUCUUCCAAUGAUAUACAACUAUCAGCCGACCGAUUUCAUAAAUCUAAACGUUAUUCUGAGGAACAUUCUUACUCAUCCUUGGCACAUUCAUCAAAAUUUCCUGAAUAUGUUUCAUUUACUUCGGACGAUGAUAAUCCAAGAUCUAAUAAAUGUAUCACUAAUCGCUCGAAUGAAAACUAUGACCAACCACUGACUGACGACGAAAAAGAGUGUUUUCAUUUAUCACAUAAAAAGAAACUGCACCGGUCUAAGAGGGAAAAAUUUAAGAAGGAAAUAGAGCGUCGGUCAUUACACUUAUGUGAUAAGUCAGUUGUUAAAACUAGUUCAAGCAAACAUUUGUAUAGGUCAGAAGAUUUUCGUAAGCAUACUUCUGAGUAUUCUAACGAUAAAUAUUUACCUCUAGACAAGACCAUCAGGAGAGUGGACUACACAUACCGACCUAUAUCUUCUAGACAGACAUAUUUAAUCUCCCACCCUGAAAGGAUAUCUCGGAAGAGUCUAGACUCACAUAGUCAUUCGUUUGUCAGACGUCAUAAACGUCCCUAUAUGGCUGAUAAUAAAGCUUUUUGCAGACAAUCUGAUUACAACAGUGCUAAUGAAACUGAAUGGAAAUCGGGUUUUCGAUCAUCCCUUCGCCAUGCAGCUUCUAGCUCCCGUUUCUUUUCUAAGAAGCCAUAUCCCCACACUGCCCAAACUAUCUCAAUACCAUCAUCAUCAUCAAGUAGGUUUGUGAUGUCAGGCAGAGACCAUCUUAACGAACAAUACGACAAAUCACCUAAAAAACUCUAUAGAAAAACUCUGGUGCACAAACAUCGACGAAGAACUAUUUACAGAGGACCACCUUCUCCAUAUGCGGUGGCAUGUAGUUACAGCAAUUCCUUGCCUCAUGAUUCACCUUUUUCACCAUCAGAAACUAUACGUGAAGCAGAUACUCCAGACAGUAUCUCUUCAGUCUCUAACAGUUGCUCACAUAACUAUGCUAAAAAUAAAAGUCACAAAGAUUAUCGUCUGAAGUCAAGUGAGUUCAACUCGUCUAUUUCUUCAUCAUCAUCAUCAACAACAGUUUCACCCCCAAUGGAUCAUAAUUUGUCUAUGAAAGCAAGAUUAUGUUCUGUAGUUUCUAGUAUCCCAGUAGUACCUGAUGUAAUACAAAAUGUCAUCUGCAAUAAUAAUCAUAAUAAUAAUAACUACAUUGAUGUUUAUUGUUCAAAGGCUUCUAAAACUAUUGCUUCAUCGAAUAACAUAUUCCAUCAGGCUUCAAAAGAAUCCAAUCUUUUGGUUAAUGAAGAUAAUCUAACGUAUCAGUUACCUAAAAUAACUGGUCACAAGAAGUCAUCAACAGUAACAUCAAGUUGUUCCAGUAACGUAAUGAAUGAUUUACAUACUCAACAAAAUAUUCAAGAAUCAAACGGAACUAUACAGCCAAGAAGAUCAGGAAGUAAAACCAACCAGAGUAGCAUACAAGCUAAUUUCACAAGCAGGAGUAUAAGCAGAGGUAGUAGCAGUACAAGUAGCAGCAGAAGCAGCAGCAGUAGUAGUGGAAGUAGUAGCAGGAGCAGUGGCAGCAGUGGAAGUAGUAGCAGUACCUCUGGGAAUAGCGAUUACAGUAGUAGUAGUAGUAGUGUUAGCCAUAGUAAAACCAAUGUCAGUACAGAUCCUAUUUCUAAUUUGUCGAAUUAUGAGGCUUCUUUUUCAAAAGACAAAGAAGACCACCCCAAUCAUAAUUCUCAAUAUCAGUCCCAACAACAACUGUUUCUUAAUAUCUCUGAUCCUUCUUAUUUUCAUACUGAUGAAAGUCUUGUCGAAAAUCAAGAAAGUAACAAGUACAGCAUGCAAACAGUGUCUGAAACACUCACAAACUGUAACACUUCUGAAUAUGAAAUACUGACAAAUUUAUCAGCCUUGAAUGUUCCUGUUUCUAAAGUUGAAAACUUUAUACUUCCAGUAUCAUCAGAUAUACAAGAAAAGUUAUCAGAAACAAAUUGUAAACAUGGAACAGAGAAUUCAAGUAAUGAUAUCAACUUACAGAUAAAUGAGAAAUUGAAAUGUAAUAAUCAGUUACAAAGUUCAAACAAUUUAAAUGAGGAGAUUCAUUCGAAAGGUGAAAUAUCUAAAGAAAAUCCAUUAGAUAAUGACAAUUAUGCAUCUCUAAGUGAUUUUGAAAACUUUUCGAAAGAGUAUAAAAGGCAUUCAGAUCACCUAGAUAAUUAUAAGAAGAAGAAAAGUAAUAGAAGAAAAUUAGAUGCAUACUCAAGUCCUAGUUCGCCUUUAGUUGAUGAAGAACAACAAACUAAGAAACGUAAAAGACUCGAUAAGAUCAAGUCUGUUGUAGUUGUACACAACGAUAUAAGUAAAAGGACAAAUGUUGAGUUGAACUACAAGUUAAGUAUGCGCAUUAACAAAGAUUAUGGUAACACAGAAGAGGAAGUAGUUAAUGCGAAAAAUGAUGCGAAAACUGUACUUUUAGAAACUGAUGAUCUAGUAAGAAAAGAUUCGAGUUAUAAUGAAAACCACAAUGAUGACAGCGAUGGCCACAACGGGAAUAAAGAUGAAGGAAUUAAGAGAUUAGAGAAUUUAAUGAUUGAAGAAUCGGUAAGGCAGGAUGAUGUUGAGGAAGAAGGUGAAAUUGUUUCAGAUGGUACAAGUGAAGUUGAAGAAAGUGGAAAGAAAUGUCGAAGAAGAGACUCAUCUGAAUACACUCGCCUUCAAGGAACUGGUAAUUCCAGUUCUCACGUUUAUUCAAGAAAAAAAUAUGAUUCCUCCUCUAAUAGAAUCUGGUCAGACACUGAUAAUGAUCGAAUUACAUCACCUAGGCACAAAAGUAAAAUCCUGUCGCACAGUGGAAAUCUGAAGAGCAGAAUGAACUUGUCAACUAGACACCAUUGCUAUGAUGAAGAUAAUAGGAAGAAAAAUAUCAUUACAACAAGCUAUACUAACCAUCUAAAAUAUCAGUCACAUAACUUGAAACCGUCACAUUUUAUUCAUCAAAACAAGAUAGACCAUAGAGUAAAGUUUCGUGAAUACAAUCCUCGAAGCUACUAUUUUAAUAAGUAUCAAACUUAUCCCGGAAGAUAUUUCUCAUCAUCUUUAAGAAAACAAAUCUUUUUCAAUAAGUUAUAUUCUGAGGUCAGUAAACCAUCAGGAAGAAUUAAUAAGCUAUAUAAACCGCAUAUAGUUAAUUCAGAAAUACCUGUUGAAUGUAUACCAAGUUGUAAAGAUUUUAAGAUGAAAAAAUUGAGAAGACUGGAAAAAAGUAGUCGAUCAAUUUCUCUCAAAUAUGAAAAACAGAGCAGUUCAAAGUCUGAUCACCCAAUGAAUUCAGUGUCAUCAACAUCUACCUCAAAGACAACAUCAUUACAGUCGUCUCACUACCAUCCAUCUCAUAAGCAUUAUUUGAAGCAUAGUUCUCAUAAAUAUAAAUAUGAUCAUGAAAAUCGUAAAACUGUUGACAGUUAGUCAAAAGGAUAUUUGUUAACAAACCAUGUUUAAAAUAUCGUCAUUUUUUAAUAAGACAAUUUGGUAUGAAAUAUUGAUGUAAUGACUUUAUACCAUUCAGGGUAAUUGACGAUUUUGUUGAUGUUGCAUAAACAAUGUGUUGACACUGUUUGAUUAGUUCAUUAAAUCC